UAGGACAAUGAAGCGAAUACUGAUCGUUGCGGGCUCGGAUAGCUCUGGAGGAGCAGGCCUUGAGGCGGAUCAGCGCGUUUGCGCCGUUCAUGGCUGCUAUGCUAUGACCGCUACCUCGGCCUUGACUGCUCAGAACACACAGGGUGUGUAUGGCAUCCAUGAGACUCCAUCAGGCUUCGUGCAGAAGCAGAUCGAUGCUUGUAUAGACGACAUUGGGGUUGAUGUAGUUAAAACAGGCAUGCUUGCUUCGGCAGGCACAGUAUCUGUCGUUGCCGAAUCGAUACAAAGAUACGGCAUCAAGUACUCUGUCGUUGAUCCGGUCAUGGUAGCGACGAGCGGUGCAUCACUCCUUCCCGAGAACGCUGUUCGUGUUUUGUGCGAACAGCUCUUACCGAGGACAUACAUUGUCACGCCUAACAUUCCAGAGGCCAACUUGAUGCUCAGAGAAGCUGGAGAGCCAGCCAUUGAAAUUGUCGACCUGGACGGACUCAAGCAGCUCGCACAUGCCGUACACAAGCUCGGGCCGAAGUAUGUACUAAUCAAAGGCGGUCAUCUUGCGUUGACAUCCGAUCGUAAGGUGGCCAGAUCUGAGGAUGAGAGGAAGCUCGUCGUCAAUGUACUACUUGGUGAUGGCGUGGAAGAAGUGUUCGAGCUUGCUUAUCAGAGGUCUCCCAACACUCAUGGCACUGGCUGUUCACUUGCAUCCGCAGUUGCAUGCAACAUCGCGCAAGGCUUUAGCAUUACGAAAGCCGUACGCGCUGCUUGUAGGUUCGUCGAGGCUGGAAUUGCAACGAGUGUCCACCUCGGACAGGGCUCGGGGCCGCUGAAUCAUUUUCACUCCAUCCAGAUCUUGCCGUUUGCACCCGGGCGCUUCGUUGAGUAUCUUCUGGACAGGGAGGAUGUCAAGCCGGCAUGGCACGAGUAUACCCAUCACGAAUUCGUGGAGCGUAUGGGUGAUGGCACGUUGCCUCGGGAGAGUUAUAAACACUACAUGAUACAGGACUACCUUUACCUUAUCCAGUUUGCAAGAGCGAACGCACUGGCGGGAUACAAAGCGAAGACGCUAGACGACAUCGCCGGAGCGGCAACAAUCGUCACUCACAUCCGCCAUGAGAUCAACCUGCAUAUUACCGAAUGUGAAGACUUCGGCUUGACGCAAGAGAUGAUGGAGCAGUGUGAGGAGAGUCAAGCAUGCACUGCGUACACCCGUUACGUCCUCGAUAUCGGACAAUCCGAAGAGUGGCUCGCACUGCAGGUUAGCCUGCUGCCCUGUCUACUCGGAUAUGGCAUGAUCGCACGAAGACUGCAUGAGAUUCAGGUCGCCAACCCACCCAAAGAACCAAACAAGUACCUCACGUGGAUCAACAAUUAUGUUGCGGAAGACUACUCUGCCGCGGUAGAAAAGGGUAGCGCUUUGAUUGAGAAGCAUGCCGUGAAGCAGUCUCCGAGCAGAAUAGAGGAGCUCGUCGCAAUCUUUGUCCAUGCCACCAAGAUGGAGUGCGGCUUCUGGGAUAUGGCCGGCUCCGCUUGA